GCCACUUUUAGUUGAUACAUUCUCGUUGUUUUUAGAUUUAAUAAUCUUGAACUAUGGAAGCAUUGUAAUGGACACCAUUCGGCAAAAGGCUGAUUUCAUUUCAUCUAUAGCGGAAAUUUACUUAAAAACCUUUUGAGGUUAUUGCCACAACAAUUACAAUCAGAAACGAAAGAUACAAAUACCGAGAAAAACAACGCCACGGGUUUAUAAGGAAUCUUUUCUGAUAUCCUAAGUGGUUUAAGGUUUAACAAAGAUUAAGUAGUGGGAUUUUGUUCCAGUGACAUUUUCGCUAAAACAUGAAUAUUAUUUUGGUGGGAAUCUUUUUUAUUACCUUUUUCUUCUAUUUAAUUAAUCAAAUAAAAAGGCCAUCAAAAUUUCCUCCAGGACCGAUAUGGUUUCCGAUCGUAGGCAAUCAAGUCCAGCUACGAAUAUUGUCCAAGUCAUUAGGCGGACUACACUUGGCUUUAUCAUACCUGUCCCAAAAAUACAAAACUGGAGUCUUGGGUUUGAAACUUGGAAAAGAGUACAUAGUUUCAGUAUCAGGGUAUCCCCUGAUUAAAGAAGUAUUUACUCGCGAGGAGUUCGAAGGUAGACCCGAGAAUUUUUUUUUUAAGAUGCGUAGCUUUGGACGACUUAAAAGUGGUAUUACAGGUACUGAUGGAAUUGGUUGGAGCGUCCAUCGAAGCUUCGUUUUGCGCCAUUUUUGCAGCAUGGGUUUCGGAAAAACACCAAUGGACGCUAUGGUGAAGAAUGAGAUUGAGGAGGUUUUACAAAUUCUAAAAAAUAGUAGAUCGAAUAUUCGCUUAUCGAAACUUUUUGCGCCGGCUAUUUUGAAUAUUUUAUGGACUUUGGUAGCUGGGAAGAGAAUUGCCAGAGAUGAUUUGUUUCUGGACGAAAUGUUGGAUCUACUCUCAAAAAGAGGAAAGAUGUUUAAUGUUACCGGAGGUGUUUUAAAUCAGUUUCCUUGGAUAAGGUAUAUUGCCCCAAAGUGGAGCGGAUUUCGUUUAAUAGAAUACAUUAACGGUAAAUUGAAGAAGAUGAUAUCAACUACUAUUGAAGAGCACCAUGACACUUGGGAGGAAGGACGAGAUGAUGAUCUGAUUUACUCAUAUAUUUCUGAAAUCAAGAAAUCGAAGAAUAAUCCAAUUUUUUGUGAUGAGGAGCUUGUGGUUGUAUGCUUUGAUAUGUUUAUUGCUGGAUCUCAGAUUACAAGUGGCAGUUUGGACUUAUUAUUUUUCAUGAUGACUCAGUAUCCAGAAGUGCAAAAAAAAGUUCAAGAAGAAAUUGAUACAAAAAUAGGACGAGAAUCAUACAUAGAAUAUGCAGAUGUUAAAAGGCUACCGUACACUUAUGCUGUAUUAAUGGAAGUUCUAAGAUACUCUCAUGUAGCACCAAUUGCAGGCCCGAGACGAGUGAUGAGAGAUACUACACUAGAAGGGUAUUUUCUACCAAAGGGAACGACCGUUCUAUUAGAUUUUCAUACAAUGCACUAUACGCAGGAGAAAUGGAGCAGUCCGGAAACUUUCAAACCUGAAAGAUUUUUGAAUGAAAAGGGAGAAUUCUCUACACCUGAAAACUUUUUACCAUUUGGUUUAGGUAGACGAAGAUGUUUGGGGGAGGUCUUGGCAAAACACUGUUUAUUUUAUUUCUUUGUGGAAGUCAUGAGAAAGUACAGUGUGGUAAUGGCACCUGAGUCGGAAGCUAUCAGUCAUCUUCUCCUGGGAAUAACACUAACUCCUGAAAACUACAAGGCAACAUUUUUGGAACGUUGAAUUUGGCUUUGUUGAAAUUUCGAUAGCUCUAUUCGCAUGAUAUUUUUCAUUUUAAUGCUUAUUAGACUUUUUUGUUCAGGUAUAUAUGCAUGUCUUAAUAACUUAUGUUAAUGUUUCCUAGUACUGAAAAUUGGUGACAGAAUCUAAUUAGAAAUAUUUUCUGAGUCGAGAAUAAAUCAAAAUACUCAAUCCAAACCAACGGAAAUUUGAAGUAUAGUUAACACAACUAUUAAUAAUAAAAAAAAAUAGUCAAACUGCUUUAGAGAUAUGCAAUGACAUAUUUGUAAAUCAUUUUGCCAAACACUGUUCCACUGCUACAAUUAAAAAAAAUAUAAAAAUUCUGACCAUCUAAUUAAACCCACAAUGUCCUCUUGACUCUCCAACCUCAAAUUCACUUUCUAUUGAUUAUACAUCUCCUCAAGAUGUCCUUGAUAUCAUCAAACGUCUUAAAAAGAAUUAUAUUAUUCAUCUGGUCCUGGUAGCACCACGAGUAAACUAUUGACUUACGUUAGCGAAGAAAUUGUAGGUGAAUUCAGUAAUCUUAUCAAUAGGUCUCCAAAAACUGGUGUGUUUCCUUACAACUUCAAAACUUCUUUUGUUUAUCCAGUUUAUAAAAGCCAGGAUCGACAUAAAUCUGAAAAUUGUUGACCAAUCUCUGAAUUAAAUACUUUCUUUACUAAGUAAGAAAAAAGCAUUUUCACCGACAAGCAGCAAGGUAGGUCUAGAUGUAGAAAGUGCCACUGUGCCAUUUUUUACAGCAUA